AACGUAGGAAUAGAUGUGAGCAGGCACAUCCACAGAGAGUUAACAUCUCUCACUGCUGCUGUUUUUUAUAUUUUCCAAUGCAUUUUCAAUAGUUAAGGUGUUUUUCUGUGUAAUGUAAGAACUAAGAAGUCACCAGUGAGGCUAAAAUGAAUUUGUUUGCAUCACAGGACAGUUUAUAAAGUUUUUACAUAAUCUGGAGCAAAGGUUUUUCCUCUGCUACUUAAUGUUGCCAAACUGCAGUUUUGUAAGUUUAUGAACUUUGGUCCAGAGAAAUCUUGUCACGGGCAAUCUUGAAAUUUUGAGGUUGGACUGAGAUCCUGCUUAUCUUGACAGAUUUCAAUCUUUAACACAAAGUCAGCAUUUGUUAGAAAUCUGGUGCAACAUUGAUUAUCAGAUUUAUUGUUGUUACAUCCCUGCACAAAGACUGAUUGUUUUUAUUGGUGCAGUUAAUUGAACUUGGAGGAAAAUAUCUGCAGAAAACUUUUCAAUUGUUUCUGCUGUUGCUAAAUAUUCACAUUAGAGGGCAUUCAUUCACUGUGUAGAGCACAGGCCAAGGAAGAGUUAUUUUAAGUCUGACAUGAUUGUUAUUCAGUAUGUUAACUGGUAAUGGCAGCACUUUCACGAUUAUCUGGGUGAAAGGUGCUGCUUGGAGGCAAAGUAAGUCUACGUGGAUUUAGCAAUGCUUCUUGCCGCAAUACUAGUAGUUUCAACAUGCACUGCUGCUGCGUGUGUGAUUGGCAGCACAUGCGGUCACUGGCUGUGACCUGUUGCACUGACUUUGGUGAAUGUCAGUCACAUAUAAAUGAGUGGAGUGAUGCUGUUUCAUAAUCUUAACUGCUUGGAGAGUCCUCGGUGGAGGGUUUCUGGAGGGUUUUCAUGCUAAUUUCAUCUUCUCUGUUUCUAGCAGACAUAAGCUCAAAGAAAAUUAAUUUAUGAAGAGCAAUAGCCCUGCAGUUAUGGAUGGUAACAUGGAAAGCAUUCCUGCUCAAACUGAGUCAGAUGCCACAGAUAUAAAGACCCACACAUCUGUCAUACUCAAUGGGAAAGCCAAGACGGGCGACUUCAGUGCAACACUGCCUCCAAAGAUCCAUCCACCCAGUAACACUGAGUUACUGACCCAGCCUCCCAUGUCGUCUGAGCAGAAGGGAGCUACUGAAGGAUUUUCCACAGAAGAGCCCAAGGCAGUUCCCCUGUCGACGGCCCAUUUGGCAACAAAUCUAGCCCCUGCUGACCAGUUAUGGAGCACCGGCAGAGAGCAGGCAGUGAGGCUGAGAAUGGAGGAAUCAGGGCCAGGCUCAAAGGCUCCCAUCACCGUCCAUCAGAUGUUCCUGGAGACAGUCGAGAAGUAUGGGAAUCAUCCAGCUUUGGUUUCCAAAAAAGAUGGCCAGUGGAUGACUCUAACCUGGAACCAAUACUACGAGCAGUGUCGUGCAGCUGCGAAAAGUUUUCUCAAGUUGGGGCUGGAGCGUUACCAUGGUGUAGGGAUUCUGGGAUUCAACUCCGCUGAGUGGUUCAUCUCAGACAUCGGCUGCAUCUUGGCCGGAGGGCUGGCAGCCGGGAUUUACACCACAAACUCACCAGAGGCCUGUCAGUAUGUGGCUGCCAACUGUGAGGCCAAUGUCCUGGUUGUGGAGAACCAGAAACAGCUCGACAAAAUCCUGCAGGUUAAAGAUCAUCUACCUCAUCUGAGAGCCAUUGUUCAGUACAAAGGCGAGCUACAGCAGAAAGCUCCGUUCCUGUAUACAUGGGAAGAGUUCAUGAAGCUGGGAGAGGAUGUGCCCGAUGAGCAGCUGAAUGCUGUGAUUGACAGUCUUCGGCCCAAUGAGUGCUGCACCCUCAUCUACACCUCUGGAACCACUGGCAACCCUAAAGGAGUCAUGUUGAGCCAUGACAAUAUAACAUGGACUGCCCAUGUGGGAUGUACCAUAUUAAAAGCAAAAGGCGGUGAGGAGAUCCUGGUCAGUUACCUGCCGCUCAGCCACGUCGCAGCCCAGAUGAUUGAUAUUUGGGUCUGCAUGGGCUUUGCUGGGACCAUCUACUUUGCAGAGCCAGAUGCCCUUAAAGGCUCUUUAGUAAACACACUUAAAGAGGUUCGCCCAACUUGUUUCCUGGGAGUUCCUCGUGUGUGGGAGAAGAUCGAGGAGAAGAUGAAAGCUGUGGGAGCCAAAGCAUCCCCAAUGAAGAAGAGAGUGGCAGGCUUUGCCAAGUCCAUUGGCCUGCAGUACAACUACAGUGUCAUGAACGGACAGAAUCAGGUGCCGUGGGGCUUCAUGCUGGCUAAUAAUCUGGUCUUCAAGAAGGUGCGUGCUGCUUUGGGCUUGGACCGCUGCAGAAUAUGCUGCACUGGAGCUGCACCGAUUACCAAAGACACUUUGGAUUACUUCAUGAGCCUGAACAUCCCUUUGAAAGAGCUGUAUGGCAUGAGUGAAAGCUCUGGCCCUCACACCAUCUCCAUCGAUGAAUACCGCGUCACAAGCUGUGGAAAGGUGAUGAUAGGCUGUAAGAUAAAGCUGGUGAAUCCAGAUGCGGAUGGGAAUGGAGAGAUCUGUUUCUGGGGUCGUAAUAUCUUCAUGGGCUACCUGAACAUGCCAGACAAAACAGCAGAGGCUUUGGAUGAGGAUGGCUGGCUGCACACUGGAGACCUGGGAAGAUACGAUGAACAAGACUUUCUGUAUAUCACAGGAAGGAUCAAGGAGCUCAUCAUCACUGCGGGUGGCGAGAACAUCCCUCCUGUCCCCAUUGAAGAUGCAGUGAAGUCUGAACUGCCCAUCAUCAGCAACGCCAUGCUAAUUGGAGACAAGCUCAAGUUCCUCUCCAUGCUGCUCACACUUAAAUGUGUCGUGGAUGACAAUGGCGAGCCCACAGAUGAGCUGAAUCAAGAGGCUUUGGAAUUUUGCCGGCAGCACGGCGUAAAAGCAACCAAGGUGUCCGAGAUUAUAGCCAAUAAGGAGCCAGCUAUUUACAGUGCCAUUCAGGCUGGCAUUGAGCGUGUUAAUGCCCGAUCAACAUCCAAUGCCCAGAAAGUCCAGAAGUGGGUUAUAGUGGAACAAGACUUCUCCGUCACCGGAGGAGAACUAGGACCCACCAUGAAACUGAGGAGGCCCAUUGUUGUGAAAAUGUAUCAGGAGAAAAUAAAUGAAAUGUAUGCAGUGGCUGCAGGAAAACAAUAGAGUGCAUUGCACAGGGGUGAGAGGAGGUCAUGGGAUGUAUGGACAUACAUACUUUUUUGUAAAUAAAAGACAUAAGUCAGAGUCAAAAUUUUGCCAAACAUAUCACUCGAACAUGCCACAUAUAGACUGAAUGAUGACACAGAUACUGCUUGGUGUCUGUCAGUUUCUGAAGGAAAUAUCAUGAAUCAUAAAUCCCACUGUAGCUCAAAAGAUAUGUAAGAUAUGUAUUAUAUACCUGAAGCAGCUGUGUGUAUUUAAUGAUUUUUACAGCGUUAAUUGCCAGUUUCCUAAAGGUAAUCCCACCUGGCAAAGACUGGAGAUUAAAGCCAUUUUUAUAAUGUGAGAUGAAUAUCAGUAGUUUGAAUUUAUCCAAUCACACAUGUGCAAAUUGUAAACUUUACAUUUGUGCUUCUCCAUGUACAGUUUGACACAGUUUAAUAUUUAUUUUGAGAUAUUCAGUUCAAUUCAGUAUUAUUUAUAUAGCGCCAAAUCACGACAAAAGUUGCCUCAAGGCGCUUUAUAUUGUACAGUA